AUGAAUUUAUUUAAAAAUGGAUUCUAUCGUUUAAUGAUUACCUAUCUCUUUUUUCAAUUACUUAUAUUAAAAACAAACUCUCAACAACCUCCAACCAGCGAAAUAAAUGCAUUGAUGGCACUACAGCCUGCAUUUGGAGUAGAAUGGUAUCCUCGUCCCAAUGCUUGUGGAUACUUGUGCAGAAACAGUGAAUCACAGGUAUUUUGUGGAUCUGAUAAUAGAGUUAAUUAUAUUGGACUUACUCUUCGUUGGUCAACUCUUUUAAAUCCUGAUUUUGCCGUUUCACCACAAUUAAUUGCAAAAUCUCCUAAUUUAAUAUCAUUAAGUAAAUUGGCCAGAGUUAGAAUAUUUUACUAA